CAGUGCUCCGAGUUCCACCGUUCCGUCGUUUUGCCAGCAGCACCAGCAGCAAAAUGCAGAUGUCCAUCGAAAGUUGGUUCAAUCUGCACUACUACGGCUUUGGCCAGGAGGGCGCGUCCUCGAGCGAGGAGGACGAACAGGAGGAAGACGAAGAGGACGAUGGGUCGAAGGGGGCACCGAUCGAGGAGAUCGAUGACCGUGAGUUCCCGUUUCACGAUGACGUGUUUUACAUCAACGUGAAGGCGCCACGGGUCCGCACCGGUUUCGAUAACCUGCCGAUGGAGAUUUUAAUUCACCUCUUUCGCUUUCUCAACACGGUCGAUCGCAACUCGGCGGCCCUCGCGUGCAAACGGUGGUUCGAGGCCAUGGGCUACCGGGAGUUUCUGGGCGAGAUGUGCUAUCACUUCGAGGAGGUCAGCAUCUGCGACGGUGCGCCACCGAUCGCACUGUUUCUGCAGAGCUUCCGGCACUUCUGCAACAUCAAGCUGACGAACGUGCGGUUCAACGGGUACUGCGAGUUCUGGGACCUUUUCGGGGAGUACAUUCGCGAGAUCACGUUCGCCAGCUGCGCCACCAUCACGAAGUCGAAGCUGUCGAUGAUACUGAAGCGCCUACCGUUUCUGGAGAGCCUGGCGCUGGAGGAGUGUGACGAGCUGUUCAAAAGCUGGACCCCCGUGGACCGGAAGCGCGUCGAGCCGGUGUGCCGGUGUCUGCAGAAGCUUGCCCUCCGCAGGAGCAGCUCGUUCACCGUCGACCACCUGGACUACCUGAUCGCGAUGGCGCCCAACCUGGCGUCGCUGGAGAUCUCCAAGUGUCUGAAGCAGGUCGAUGCGCCGACGCGCGUCAAAAUUCUCACCUGCAUCCUGGCCAUCAUGGAGCGCCGGAAGAAGAAGCUCCGCUCGGUCGACUUUAGCUACACCAUGUACGACGAUCUGUUUCUCAAGCAGUUCGCCGAGAUCGAGAACAUGUCGCUCAGCCAGAUCAGUCUGUCGUUUUUCGAGCGCGCCCCGAUCAAGGAACCGGGCAUCAUCGACAUCCUGCGGUGCCACACCAACAUCGUGCACCUGGACCUGUCGUCGUUCCUGAACCUGACCGACUUUGCGCUGAUCGAAAUAACCGGCUCGCUGUACCGGCUGCGGACGCUCAAGCUGAACGGAUGCUGGCUGCUGACGGACUUUGGCGUCGAGUCCAUCUACAAGCUCGACUGCCUCCGGGUGCUGGAUCUGUCCGACUGCGACAAGAUCAGUGAUCGCGGGUUCAUGAAGGCGAUCGUUGACCGGCGGCGCGAUUGCAUGACCGAGCUGUACCUCAGCAUGCUGCCCGGCCUCACGGACAGUGUGAUGCUGAAGAUCAGCUUGACGCUGCUGAAUCUGGCCGUGAUCGACUUCUGUGGCUCCGAUUGCAUGAACGACACGUCGGUACAGUUUCUGUUCUGCUACCUCAAGUUCCUUCGCGUGCUCCGUCUGAACGGGUGUGUUAAGAUAUCGGACGCUGGACUGACCGGUGAGAAUCUGCCCGUGGCCGUGAUCGAGAUUUGGGACGUACAGACGACGUUCGAGAUCGCCGAGCUACGCAGCCUUCAGGAGCUGCAGCUAUCCGGAUGCUUCAAGGUGACGGACUUGGCGUUGGUACGCUCGUUCCGCUUUCGCGAACUACGCCACAUCAAUCUGGCCCACUGCGUGCAGAUAUCUGAGGAGGGUAUCGUGGCGAUGUCACUCCACUGUCCGGCGCUGGAGGAGAUCGACCUGAGUGACUGUUUCCUGGUCAACGAUCGUUGCGUGGAAGCGAUGACCAGGAACCUGCUGCGGCUACGGCUACUGAAGCUCGUCCGGCUACCGCUGCUCACGGGGGCCAGCAUUGAUUCGCUCGUGUGCCACUGCAAAGCCCUCCGGUAUCUGCACAUCCGCGGCUGCAACAGGCUGCCCAAGGACUCGCCGGACCGGUUACGGAAGAUCCCCACGCUGCGUAACGUACCCAAGUGUUGCUCCGAAUGAACGCGCUCCGAUGACGUCCGUAUGGUAGUGCAAUUGUAACGAUCUGCUUAAGUAAAUAAAGAACAUAGAACCAAUCGUACCGUAAGUGUCCACGCGAUCGGCACGAACCCC